AUGACUCUAAAUAAAGUUACUUCUUCCGAAUACUCUCCAAUAGAUACAACACCACGGUCAAAUAUAUUAAGCGAUAGAGAAAGCAGCAGCGACAGUAGCAGUUUAGUUUCUUAUAAUGAAGAAAUCAAAUAUUUUAAUCCGUACGUGCCAUCUGCCAUAUUCCAUAGAAAAUCAAAUUCAGAAUUCGACAAUCCCUACUCAAAUUCACUUUGGUACUACACCAGAGGGAACGAUGGAGAGGAAAUAAGAAAAAUUGAAGAGAGAAGAAAGACCAUGCGGGCACUCUCUGGAGGCAAAAAGGAAGCUUUGGGUAGAAGCAAGUCGGAAAUUAAUAGAAGAACAAGCAAUAAAGCAACCUUUGCCAAAGAAACAACUGCAAGUUCAAAAACCAGAUCCCACUCACUUCGAAGAGUGAAGAAACAGGGCCUGGUUGUAGCCAUUUCUGAGCCAUUUUCUCCAUUCGAUCCUCUUUAUCAAAAAGAAAAGCGGCCAUUGCAAGAUCUCAUUCCAUCCCUUGAGCUAGAGAGUAUAUGCAAGGCAAGCUUGCAUCAUUUUGAACUUUUGGCCUCAUUGAAGCAAUCUCUCAACGAGUAUUUGGAGCAAAAUGUGAUUCUCAUGAACCAGAAGCACAAGAGGCUUCUUUUUGGAAACAACGAAACCAUGAACAGUGUGUAUAAGAUACUAUACCAGAAGAUAAAAGGAAAGCAGCAAAUAAACAUCGAAGUUAUCAAUGAUUAUUUAAGCAGAGCCUUGAGAGUGUAUCCAUCAUAUAUAUUUCACAGAUCGCAGCGAAGGUUUGUGGUCGAAAAGAUGGUAAGCGAGAAAAGUCAGAAGUUUGAGGGAUGGUUGGCAUCAAUCAAGAAUAUUCUUCUGGUGGAUGGAUACACAAAUCUUGGGGAAGCAUUGACAGCUCCGGUAGCAGAUCUUGAAAAAAUGAUUAAUUUCUUUCAGAAUAAUCUUAACACAAGUGAUCCUGCUGAAGUAAGUGCACUCAACAAGAUAACAAAGCUUCGUGGAUAUAUUAAUAGUCAGAAUUUGAGAAGUUCUGAGAGAUCGACGCAAACUGAGGAUGAACUUCCGUUUUUUGAGAUUCCAGCAACAUGGAAAACACAAAACAAGCAGAAAUGGCGGGAAAUGAGUAGAUAUUCCGCAGAGGAUCAAAGCAUAAUGUAUCUCCGCAGUGAGAUCCAGGUAUCAAUGGCAGGAUUUAAGAGCUGGUACAAGCAAUUGAAGACCAAAUGCCUGGAUGAAAUAGAGUGUGUAAUACGCAACACCAUUCAUAUUGCAACCAUAUUCAACAACAUGUCGCAGGAUGUGAUGGAAAGUUCACCGGGUACAACAGGAAGAAGUAGUUCUGGCAAAGACAUGACACCAAGAACGGAAUUAUUUUACGAGAAUUCGGUGGGUAGUACCUAUCAGAUGUAUUUGAACAAAUGCGAGCGCGAAAAGCAACAAGUUUCGAUGUACUUGCUCAAAUUUGAGGUUUCCAUGAACUCACGCAACACUUUGUUUACUGGAUAUGUGAAGGAGGUUCUGGAGGGUACAACGAGCUCGGAGAUAAAGAAUAUCGAGUCUAAGAUGAGCAUAAUCACAUCUUUAAGCAAGCUCCUAGAAUGCAUGAAACAGUAUGAAAUGAUGACUUUUGCGAGAUUUAUCCUGGCUUUGAAAAGUUUUACAGCCGCACCGCUUGCUGACAGUGCAAGGAGUGUUUCUGGGUGGCAUGAAAUGCAAGCCCAAGAGAUUAUUCGCCGUUUCAAUUCGAUGAGAAAGACUCAUAAGGCUAUUUUGAGAGAUAUGUAUAGCCAACAGUCUAGCGUCGAAAGUCUCAGUCGGCGGAUAGGCACAUCAGCAGCCACAGAAAAGGUUCUUGAUAUCCUAAAUGAGAUGGCGAAAGACCAAAUACAGCUGCUUGAGCUUUUACAGUCAGUGUCAUGUGAGCAAUACUUCCCAUUGUUUGAGAAGUUGGAUAUAAAUGCCGAUCUUUUGUCGAUAAUGGACAAACCAGCGCUAAAGGAGAUGGGCAUUACGAAAGUUGGAGAUCGGCUUAGAAUCGAGAUUGUAAUCUCGUUACUCAACAUUGAAAAAAUACAGUCGAGGAUUCCCAUUCAGAAGCUUGCGGACUCAAUCAAGGAGUCUUAUACGGGACUCAUGGAUGUGGAAGAGUUCACGAUGAAUCAGGUGAAACAGACUAGAGAGAACAAUGGACAGAAAUUGAGCUCUUCGGAAGCUUUGGCAGGUUCGCAGAAGAACAUAAUCAGGGUCAUCACACAGGAUGGUAAAGACCACAAGAUUGAUAUUACGAAGUGCUUUAAUUCAACAGCCAUAAAAAAGCGGAUAUUGCAGGAAACAGGGAUAUCGAGUCCGCUUAUUGCAGACGAGUGGUCCACAUACUACAUAGACAGCAAGAAGUCGGUCCAUCUAAUGUUCAACAUCGAGCUUGCAACAAUCUGCAACUCUCCCAGCAGUAAGGAGAAGGGUAGGAUCAUCUUUUGCCGUACUGGUGAGGCACCUUCUGCUGCCGCUAUUGAUAAAUCAAACAGCAUUCUUUCCAUGUAUGGAGAAAGCAAGACAGGCGAUCCGGAAAGGGGAUCGAUGCUUCUUCGCAACAUUAUGGGUCAGAGACCUCCCAGCCAGCUUAUUUCUACGAAUUUGAGCGAGUAUUUCCCGGAUGUUGGUCCAAUCGAAUUGAAGAAAGUGAUGAGAAACUCGUACAGGAUGUCUGUUUACGGCAAUAAAGUUAUGCAGCGGCAAUCAAUGCAGAGUCUUGGCAACAGAUUAAGCAAUGCUAGCAGUCUUUCGAAAGCUGUGAAUUCGAGAAAUUCGAUUUACUCGAACUUCUCAAUGAUGAGCCGGCCGGAUUCCAUGAUGAGUGGAAUAUCUGCCGCGCACGUGUCUACUGGUUUCCCUAUGAGGAUUAACCAGACAGUUGGCGAUGUUCUUUUGUCGAGCAAUCGGGCAUUGAGAGAUACUGGAAGGGGCAUGAAUAGCAAUGAAGAUGAGAAUGGGAAUGAAGAUGAUGAAGAGGAGAGGGAUGAAGAUGACUUGCUUGAUGGAGAAUAUGAGGAUGAGGAUGAGGAUGAAGGGGAAGAUGACACGGAAACAGAAACUGAAGAAGGCGUUGAAAGCAAGGUCAAAACCGCAGUCCGGCUUAUUUCAGGUUCACACUCUGUAGAAAAGGUCAACGCUGUAGGCGAAGACACUUUGAAAGCAGUAUCUGACGAUAAGACAGAUGAGGCAUCUGGUGAGCAGGACUCUUCAUCGAUCAGUCUUCUAGAAGAGGAAGAUGAUGGUGUGAACAGUCUCACGAGAGCUUACAGUAAGAUGAUGAAGCCAGAUAUGGAUGGAAGCAUCGAGAACAUAUGGGCGAAUGAGAUCAGCAAAGGGCCAUCGGUGUGGCAUAAAGGUGCAAAGAUCGGGCAGGGGUCGUAUGGGUCUGUUUUUCUUGGUUUGGAUGGUCUUACUGGAGAACUUAUGGCGGUUAAAGAGGUUGAUCUACCGACAUCCUCGGAGGACUCUAGAAACAGAAUGGUGGUGGCAUUAAAGAGAGAGAUGGAUCUUCUUCGGGAGUUGCACCAUGAGAAUAUUGUCAGGUAUCUUGGAACAGCUUCGGACACCAAGAAGAUGUACAUUUUUCUCGAGUACAUUCCUGGAGGCUCUGUUUCCUCAAUGCUUCACACAUAUGGUCCAUUUGAGGAGCCACUAGUGAGAAACUUCCUUACGCAGGUGCUCAUUGGAGUCAGAUUCUUGCACAAUAACGGCAUCAUCCACAGGGACAUCAAAGGUGCCAACGUUUUGAUCGAUAUAAAUGGAACUGUGAAGAUUGGAGACUUUGGCAUUUCGAAAAAAAUCACACCGCACCGAGUUCUGGAGACAGAUGUGCAAGACGAUAGUGAGAAAAAGAACAGGAGGGUUUCAUUUCAGGGUUCCGUUUACUGGAUGGCUCCUGAGGUGGUGAAGCAAACGGCAUCUACAGAAAAAUCAGACAUCUGGUCUGUGGGCUGUCUGGCCGUGGAGAUGUUCACCGCCGAACAUCCGUACCCCGGAUUUUCCCAGAUGCAGGCCAUCUUCAGAAUAGGAAAUAUGGUACUACCAGAAUAUCCAGCUGAUUCAUCACCCGAGGCAAAAGACUUCCUAGAUUUAGCUUUUGAAACAGAUUACCGUAAAAGAGUUAGUGCGGCAAAACUACUAAAGCAUCCAUUCCUAAAGCCGGUGCUCAUGUUUAGAAAAAAGGUUAAACAGCAGAGGCUGGCGACGGCUGAGAUCAUGUGA